UGCAGCAGGGUCAGCGGGCGUGCCUUGAGGGCACCCCAUAUCCGCCUCAUAUUUGGGCUGGAUAUGAGGGGUGCUGGUCAGUCCGGGCGUUUGAGGCAUGUUUAAGGCGUCCGUUUGGAUCAAAUUUUCGCGAACGGAUAGCGAUUGGACGGGCCGUCCAAACGUAUAAGACGGGUUUGAGAGGUUCGGCUGUAGGUGCUCCUACUUUCUUUUUUCAGAACAUCUCACAGCUUAUCUAAUCCUCAAUUUCUCAUCAUGUAUAUAAAAAAAAAUUCCUCAAUUCCUCAUCCUCAGAUCCAAAAUUUCCCCCUUCGUCCCUCUCCGCUCCCCCGAUCUAAUUUGAUUCACCAAGCCAGCGACCAUGGUGCGAAGGCACGCGGCGGGAGCGCGACCCCAGGCCGGAGGCGGCAGCCUCCCCACAGGAGUGGUGAUACGAGGGGUAGAUACUAGAGGCAGCGAGCUCUGUUGCUUGACCGGCGUGAUGGUCAGGCGCGGCGAGCUUAGAGGGAAGACACUGAGAUUAGGCAUUGGCUGUCGCUCGCUAGUGGAGCGUCGCCAGCCGUCCAUGCUGCGGCGGCCCGGCUUCGUUGAUCCCUCCUAGUUGGUACAGCCGCGCUGGAGUAGAAGCCAGCGGCAGCAGCUGCAGCGGAGAUUCAGUGAUGCAUCCCUGUGGCUGCACCUUCUCUGUGCACGAAGGAUGUCUUGGCCAGCCGGUAAUUAACCAAGCUGAUUAGGCGAGCCGGCCGGAGGUCUCCAGGUCAGGCAAGUUCCUCCUCCACGCAGUCCAAACAAGCCCUCACGAAUCCAGUGCCCUGUUAUGAGGACAGAGAAGAAAUCUGCAGAUUCGAGUCACCAUGAGUAUAUCUGGUACUAUUGGGGUCAUCAGUGGCAUUAACGAAUGUGUCAAUUUGUUUCAGUGGGCAAGGUCUUCUAUUUCAUCUCUGCACUCCCGAUGGAGUGGUAAGCAAGAGCAAAAUCUUCAGGAUGAGGUACUGCACUUGCAGAGUGGCCUACAAUGUCUUAGUGAUACUCUUCCGGCAAUGUACAACCUCAUUGAUCGGGCGGAGUGGAGGAGCCACAAACACUGUGUGGCCGAGCUCCUUCCAAAAUUCAGUGAUGCGGUGUAUGAUGCGGAGGACAUUCUUGAUGAGUUCAGGUGGUAUGAGCAGAAAGUGACAGUGGAGGGCAUUGCAAGCCAAUCUGCUUUUAUUGAUUUCUUUAACUGUGUCAUUCAGGGCAGUUUCAACAAAGUGAAGGAUAUCCAGAAAAGGCUGGAGAAUCUUUCUAAUCUGCUCGAGAAGAUGGGCUUGGGUGAAGCGACACCACGUUUUGACAAAUCAGUCAGGCCAGAGACUAGUUCUUUUCCUAUUGAGACAAUAAUGUUUGGCCGUGAUCAGGAGUUGACUCAGGUGAUAGAAUUGCUAGUUGUAAGAGAAGGUGAUAGUACCACGAAAGCUCAUUCCAAAGGGAAGAGAGAAUGCCGCACAAUCAAUUCAUCAAAAAGAACUUUAGCAACAAUCAACCAUGUUUGUAAUGAACAAGAAAAUGGCCUUGCUGUUUUGCCAAUAGUUGGAAUUGGGGGUGUUGGGAAAACCACUAUGGCUCAACAUAUCUACCAACAAGUGAAGCCUCAUUUCAAAAAGACAAUUUGGCUUUCUGUCUCAGAUGACUUUGACGUCAAGAGGUUAACUAAAGAAGCCUUGCAAUCCAUUUCUGGAGAGGAAAGCACUGGCCAGUUGGACUCGCUUCAACAUGCUCUUCAUAAAACUGUGUGCCAGAAAAAGUUACUUAUUGUCCUUGAUGAUUUGUGGGACGAUGCCUUGAAGGAGAAUGGGCAAUCUUGGAAGAGAUUCUGUGCACCUUUAAAAAAUGUGAGGAAGGGAAGCAUCAUGUUGGUCACCACUAGGUCUCAAAAGGUUGCUGAUGGAGUGCGCACAAUGAAGACAUUGAAAUUAAAUGGCUUGAAAGAUGAUGUCUUUUGGAAUUUCUUCAAACUAUGCAUGUUUGGAUCCGAGAGGUUUAGCAAUGAUCAUGAGUUAGAGCAAAUUGGUAGAAGCAUACUUCCUAAGCUGAAGGGUUCUCCUUUAGCUGCAAAAACUCUUGGACGCCUGCUAAGGAUGAACCGUCACACAACAUAUUGGAAUAAUGUUCUAGAGAGUGAAUUGUGGGAGUUAAGGCAACAGGAGGAUGACAUUUUGCCAGCCCUUCGGUUGAGCUACAUGUACUUACCAUUCUACCUAAAGAGAUGUUUCUCAUUAUGUGGUGUGUACCCUAAAGAUCAUGAAUUUGAGAAGGAUUAUUUAGCUGAAAUUUGGGUGGCGGAAGGCUUUGUGGAACCUCAGGGGGACAUUCCAAUUCAGGAUAUUGCUAGUCAGUACUUUGAAGAUCUUGUAAGUCGAUCUUUCUUUCAGAAAGUACACGGAGCAUAUGUAAUCCAUGACUUGCUUCAUGACAUGGUCCAAAUGGUUUCAAAGAAUGAUUGCUUCAUAUUAAAAAAUGUGAACGAAUUCCAAAAAAUUCCUAAGAAUGUUCGUCACCUAUCAGUACUCUCUAACCCAAAGUUUGACUAUUCAAAGCUGUUAAGCCUAUGCAAGCAUGAGAAGCUGCGUACCCUGAUUUGCAACAUGCCCUUGGAGGAUAAAGUUGUAGCACCUGUAAUGGAUCAUUGGUGUACUGAACUUGGGCGUAUGCGCGUGAUUAUUUGUGCCUCUACAACUGGGUUACCGGGUAGUGUUUGCAACUUGAAGCAUCUUCGGUACCUUGAAAUCUCCAGAGCUUCUCCUUUGAAGAGCCUUCCUUCAACGUUCUGUUGCCUCUAUAAUUUGCAGAUUCUUUAUAUUGGGGAAUGCAAGAUAGAAAGUUUACCCAGUGACUUCGAUAAGUUGAUCAGCUUGAGGAGAAUUGAAUUAUGUGGAUUCCGAUAUUAUCUAGAGUAUCAACUAAACUGCGAUGCACUAGAAGCUGAACAAAAAAAGAGAUAUCUUCACGGUCUAUAA